UAACGGCCAGAAACGCAGGGCUAGAGAGAACCCGCGAAGAAGAGUGAGGAUUUUGCGAACACAACAAAUGGCUUGAUCUGGAUAUGCUGAUAAUAGCCCGGGAUAGGAUGCAGUAGGUAGGAUACACUGUUUUAUCGCCAUUCGACAAUAGUGUUAUCUAAGGAAGGCAGCUCCUUGGACCUAUCCAUCGCCGGAGUUUUGUCGGGUAGGCUCCCGCUCAUCACCGUACUGCAGUAUGUUACUCAUACCGAGAAGAGUGCUGCGCCGCGGCUAUGAUCUGGAAGCUUGAUCGGUCACUGGGUUGUCAAAACGCCGGCGUUGUAGCGUCAAGUAGUUUUAAGUAAUGCAUCCAUUGUGUCCGUAAUCCACUGCUUCUAUGCAAGUGAAUGUUUCAAAACAGUUUCAGAUUCAGUUACGCGUUCGAGCCGCAGUUUGCAAAAAUAACCAAAUGACACCCCCAGUGUGAUCAGUCCUGUCAACAUCAAGGUUUGUCUGCGGUGACAACGCGGCAGACGGCAUGGAGCGCGCAGGCAGUAUUCAGCUCGACAUCCCGGACUUCAGUAACUCGGUGCUGUCCCACCUGAAUCAGUUGCGCAUGCAGGGCCGCCUGUGCGACAUUGUGGUGAACGUGCAGGGCCAGAGUUUUCGCGCGCACAAGGUGGUGCUCGCCGCCAGCUCACCAUACUUCCGCGACCACAUGUCACUGAGUGAGAUGAGCACGGUGUCCCUCUCAGUCAUUCGAAACCCGUCAGUGUUUGAACAGCUGCUGUCAUUUUGCUACACAGGCCGAUUGUGCCUCCAACUGGCAGACAUCAUUAGCUAUUUGACAGCAGCUAGUUUUUUGCAGAUGCAGCACAUCAUUGAUCGCUGCACACAGAUUCUAGAGGGUAUCCAUUUCAAAAUUAACCUGGCUGAUGUGGAGGAAGACUUGGUUGGGGCUCAUCGAAGCUCUGGGCGGACCUUGGAGUCUGGGAAUGUUGGUGGGGGUUCAAUGGGUCCGCACUUGCUCAGUCCCAGAAUCCGUAGUCCGAAGGUGACUGGCCCAUGUGGCAUAGGAGGUGCUGGAGCAAUGGAGGUACGCGACACAUGUGAGGCACAAGAUGUGAGCCCAGCUGGCAACUCUAUGAGCCCCCAGGUUGUUGAGCACAGUGGGCUUGUGUCAGAAAUUUUAGGGGACAAGGGAGGGACGAGCAACAUCAGGGAAAAGGAGCCAGUCCUGCGCAUUAACCGAUCAGGGCAAUGGUAUGUUGAGUCUGGACUAGAGGAUAGUAGGGGAGAGGAUAUAGGGGUGCGGGUACCGGAUGGCUUGCGGAUCAAGACGGAGCAUCUAGAGGAAUGGGGGGGCAUGGAAAUGCAGUCGUCGGCAGCUGAAGUGAGUGGGACAGUGGAGGAGGGUACCCCCAUGAUGAUUGACGCCUCAGGCCGCAGCUCACUGGUGCAAGAGGAAUUUGUUUCAGGUGCCUCUGGGUCAAAGAGCUCCCAGCCCUCCAGCAGCUUCAGCGAGACUGAGAGGUCUGUGUUCAGUCCUACAGGAAGCGUGGUGGUGAUGGCGGAACGUCAGAGGGCCAAGAGUGAGUCUCCAGGGAGAGUGUAUGAUCAGAAACACCACAGCUCACAGGGUGAGGAACAGGCCAUUUUUGACAUGGGCGGCUACGAGGAAUACCUGAGGGAGCAGGUGGGUGAUCGCUGGUUCCGCUACAACCCACGCCUCACCUGCAUCUAUUGCUGCAAGUCCUUCAACCAGAAGGGAAGUCUGGACCGUCACAUGCGUCUGCACAUGGGCAUCACACCAUUUGUGUGCCGGAUAUGUGGUAAGAAGUACACACGGAAGGACCAGCUGGAAUACCACAUCCGCAAGCACACUGGCAAUAAGCCCUUCCACUGCCAUGUUUGUGGGAAAAGCUUCCCCUUUCAGGCUAUCCUCAACCAGCACCUCCGCAAGAACCACCCUGGUUGUGUCUCGCAGGAAGCAGCCCACAGUGCCUCCCCUGAAACCACCACCGUCUCAUCUAGGGGAGGCCAGGCUGAUGAUGGGUCCCCUGGCCAGGAGGAAGGGGAGGGGAAUGGGGCAGGAGGAGGGUCAACAUCCUCAUUGGGGGAGGGUAUGCAGCCCUCAGUUUCCACCACAGGCCCUGAUUAAGGUGUCAAGAGGUUCAAAAGAAUGAGGUGAGAGUUGAUGAUUGGGGUCAGGGAGAAUCUCAGUUUCGGAGAAUGUAUCAUAUUCCCUGCCCUCAACAAGCAAUCUCAACCUCACCUCUAUUCUCAGCUCUUACUCUCACCCAAAUCCACAACUUUCCCCAUCCAAGACUCAAUCACAGAGGCAAAACAGCAGAGGCAAUAUCUCAGCGACAAAUGAGAGAGUUAAACGUGAAAUAUUUUCGAAGCUGCUUUUCUUCACAUUUAGGAUGAGAAAAGGGAGGAUUCACCUGAAUAUGGAUAGUCGUAUCUUCAAUUAUUCAUUUUAAAUAUCCUUAUAUGAAACGUGUGAAACAAACUUACAAAGAUGCAAGAGUUAAGUGUACUAGCAGACUUUAUAUGUUGGUUAUUUAAGAAUGGUCUUUCUGCUUUAAACCACAUCUACCUUCACUAAUACAGACUGAACCAGAAGCUAUCUAAUGAAGAAACUCCACACUUCAACAGCCUCACAUCACUGGAUACAGUGUUUUGCCUUUCCUGUUUUUAGUAUGUUACUGGUUUUUUUUAUUUUUGCUUUCUUUUGUAAAAGGUUUUGUACUUCUUGGAGCAAAAGUUUAGAAUUCAGGAAAAAUUUUAACAUGUUUAAAUUCGGCCAGAUUGCCAAGGUAUUUGUGCCAAAUAUUGAAGUUAAGAUAAAAGAGGAGACUUUGUUUCCCUUUUUUAAAUUUUGCCUUCUGACAAUCUCGUUAACCUCUGCUAGGAUGCAACACUACCAUAGCAGAGAGUCUGCCAAGUGUGUUGUCUGAAAGACAUUUUAGGUCUGAUCAGGUGGAAGAAUAGAAUAAUUUGAUCUUAAAAUGAAAAGUGCCAAUUCGGCUCUACGGGUGUUUACACACACUCACAGACUUGGGAAAGCCUCUAGUAUCGAAUCAUAAUACAACACUGAAUUUGUAGGGUGUUUAAUUACUAAAUCAAUCUUGGUGUCUUAGAAUUAAACUGCUUUGUAGGAUAUGAUAUUGCCUACAUGAUGUCCCUUUGGACAAACAGGUGGUCCUGGAUCUGACUUAUUUUACAUAUAAUAUCUACUCUCUCUGGAACGCCUUUCAACAUUCAACAUUUUCAAAUAGCUGCUGAAUGUUAAUAUCAACAGUAAUACAGAAAACAUGAAAGUCUUCAACCUCAGAUAAGCUACUAGACAGCUCAGUUACCUCUCAAUGAUCACUACGCAAUACAAAUCUGUUACCAGUGGACUGGUAAAUGCACUCAGUAUUAUUAUUAUUAUUAUUAUUAUUAUUAUUAUUACUGUUGUUGAACAUUUUAUUUUCUUUGAUUUUUUUUUUUUUUAAACAAACUACUCUAUAGUCCCUUGUAUUGAAAGCUAGUUGGACUCACAGUUCUAAGUCAAAGGCUCAAGAUGAGAGUCCAAGAGUCCAAAGCCGAAUGGACCAAAAUAAUCUAGCUGGUCAGUGAACAACUUCCCGGGUGGAGAUAGAAGUAGUGGUUCAACCCCCUUUCACUUUAUGGUGUUAAAGCAGCACAGAAUGUCAUGGAAUAGCAACCUACAGUAUAGAUGUUCUUUACCUCAACAGAUUGACUACCCAUGGAUUAUGUCACCAGUUUUGAAAAGGACCAUUUUGUCCCCAUUUUGUAGUGUUUCCCCUCACAACCUGGUCUCUCUCUCUCUCUCUCUCUCUCUCUCUCUCUCUCUCUCUCUCUCUCUCUCUCUCUCUCUCUCUCUCAAUUUCUCUCUGAGUUCAAUAGUAGCCCUGCUUGUGUGCAAAUUUGCUCUGCUCACUCAAAGCUGUUUUUUUUGUAUCAAAUGCCUUUUUUUUUGUCUUGUGAGAAAUAAAUCAAUUAAUUUGUUUCUCCUAAGGCACCCUUAGGAGAGCUGUUUCUCAUCUGCAAAAUAACCCUGCCCCUUUCUCAACCUAAGUCUAAUUUAAAUUCAACUUAAAAUCUCAAAGAACUGUUUUUCUUCUCAAUCUAUAUCUGUUUUUCUGUGUUGGUGAUCUGGGUUUACCAAUGUUAAAGUUGCAGUCAGUGAUCGUACACAAUUUCAAGCCCAUACAGUACAUCUCACAAUCCACUAGCUGCCCAUCCCGUGAGCACUAAAAAACCUAGUCUCUGUAGGCAGUCCACCGAAAACUGGAAACCAAUUAGAAACGCUGUGGGGUUUCCUUGGCAGUAUUGAAGGGAGGCAUAAAGCAUAAACAAACAUGACAUCUUCUGCAAUCACUGCCUUUACCUUUAAAUUAAACAGACAAAGUAAGGCUUUUGUAGUUAGCAUAGGCCAUGUUUAUGACAAUUACCCUAGAAAAGUGCUGAUGAAAACAUUUCCUAGGUUUACUAAUUCAUCACACAUUUGCAGUAAGUCACUGAAGCUCUUUAUCUAUUACUCUAGACCAGAACCCCACCCCUAAUUAUUUAAAAAAGCAUAUGUAUUAGGCUAUUAUUUGCACAUUUUUUAAAUAUCAGAAUUGUCUUUGACUGAUAUAACCUUGUGUAGACAGCACACACCUGGACCGAACUUGCCUCUAGCAUUAGUGGUUAAUGUCAAUUCUCUGAAUAACAUGCGCCAUGGACUCUAACUUAUACAAGGUGCUGUCAUGGUCCAUGCAAACCAUUUUGGUAUGUUUUGAAGUACCAAGUCUUGCCUGCAAAACAAAGAGAAGAAGUAGUAGAGAGAAAGAAAAAAAUAAUUGUCCUAUAAUCAAGAUCUGGUGAUAUGAGUUAUGCUGGCAAAGUGCUGUGUAUGAACUCGUAUGCAGAAAUCCUUGAAACUUAUCAUCUGAAACUUCUGUGCUGCUUUAAAGAUGUCAUACCUCAGUGUGAUGUUUCUACCUUCAAUACCAUUACAAUCAAAGUAGACGUUUAUUUUAAUAUAAAUUCAGAAUGGGAAGCUCAGACCAUAGGACCACAAAAGAGGGAUAAUAUGCAGGACUUGUCAGAGGAAUGAUGAUAGCAAAAAGUUGUAGGAAUGAUUAUUCCUUUGGUAUCAAGCCUAGGUAUGCUUAUUUUAUAUAUAUAUAAUUAGUUGAAAACAAAGGAUAUUAUCGUGAUAAUUAUAUUUUUAAGAGCUGUGAAUCACACUAAAGAGUGACUUUAAAAAAACAGGAAUACAGCUACUGAUAUUUCAGGUGCAUUUGUCCACUAUUGUAUUAACAGAUCAGAACAUCGACAAAUACAAAAAGAAAAUCAAUUUAUGUUUUUUUCUUUGGUUUGUUUUUUAUUUUUCCAUUCUUGAAGUAGUUCUGUGUACUAUCCAGGUUUUCAACUGAACUGAACGUGGACAUUUGUUUCAAGAUGUUAUGCAGCGUUGUCUGACUUCCCUUCAGUAUGGGGUAAACACAUGUUAUAAUUGGUGGGCAGAGAUUGUUGUCUCUUUGAAACUGCACUGAUUGCACAGCUGGACCGUGUUGAAUUAGUUGCUGAUCAUAGAGCCUAGAAGAGGCCUAGAGCUAAUGUUUGCUGUGAGCAUGUAUUUCCAUCAUGUGUAACAGAAUGUAAAGCCGGCUAGUGUAAGUAUUAAAAAAAAAAAAUGUCAGCAGUUUUGAGAUGGAUAUAUGUGUUUCCCUGUAAUGACACAGGACAAAAAGUAAUGGUGCUACGGGAUGCAAAGUAUGCAUUUGUUAGUAUAGUUUAGGAUAAGACCAGGCCUAGAACACACUUUGGACCUAAUGUAACUGGCUGAUUGGUCUUUCUCCAGGACUCUUUUUUUGUACUGUUUGACAUGGCAUUAAAGCUGAGCUCACUAGAUAAUCAAAAUAACUGGGAAUGUCUAUUAAAAUGCAAAGUUGGCUUGAUUUAUGUAUGUGUUUUACAUAGAAAUGGGGCAGGUUUUACUUAUUCAUUUGCAGAAAUGGGGCAGUAUGUGUCCUAACAAUGUACAGUAGGUCAAAAAUGUAUUGGGAGAGAGUGCAGUGAUUUUAUAAUAGGUCCACUAAUGUUUGAUAUGUGAUUCCAUUCCACAGUACAUAUUUCAUUGGUGCAUCAAUCAGACCGGUGCCCCAGACAUCCAGGCCUAGAUAACAAAGUGAAAAACAGUCAGAAAUUAUCCAGGAUUCUACUUGUUUGCAUCAGAAAUAAAUUUACUCUUUGCCUUUUCUUUGCAUUCUGCAAUGCAAUGCUAAUUUGAAAUGGAUCAUUUCCAAAGCUUUAAUAAUAAUACAUAGUAACAGAUUUAUUGUUGUAGUGUAAAUAGGAAUAGUUAAACGUAUUCUGUUAAAUUAAGUGUUGCUAUUGUCUACCAACAGACUCCUCUAUCAAAGAAAGGUCCUUUCCCGAAAACCUCAGCAAUGUUUGUUGUGACCUCUAUGCCUCCUCCCGUCUGGAGAGUGAAUGGGUCUGUCCAGUGUGCAUUUUUUCACAAUGGCUGUCUCUUUAGUUAGAAUUUGUCUAGAGAAAAGGCCAAGAGGGAAGUACUGAUACAGUGAACUGCCUUUAAAGUGCGGUUUAGAGUUUUUUCUUUAUGCAAUCAGUCCGUUUAAUCAGUCUUACUACCAAAUGCUAAGGUGAGCUACUUCGGUAGGUAAAUCACCCAUUUUGAAAUAAGAUCGCCGUGUAUAUCAAAUGGAUGGUCAGUCAUAUCAUUUUAAAGUUGUCUGUGACAUUUUAUUUUCAGCUGAAUAUUUUUGUUUUUUGUUCUUAAUGAAGCCAUAUUUUCUCUUGCCUUUAUUUGCAGUAUAUAACAUGAUAUGGGGACAUAUUUAUAUUUUCAGUUCAUCUAAAGUAGAAGCAAUACAAUCAGGAAUAAUGUGGAUGUCUUUUAUUUGUAUUUAGCUGUCAGUUUCAAAGAUAUACAUUAAAGAGACAUAUGCCCUGAGUUUGAAUUGUGAUAAACAAACAAUGCCCAAAUGCAAAGAUUAUUCACAAUGAUACUUCAGUUGUGGAACAAACUCUUGCAGCAUAUUCUGUAUUAUCGUGUAAUCCUAAAAAUAAAUAAAUUAAAACAAUGUAUGUAAUUUAAUAUGCAUCGCUUUAAAUAAGUGAUCCCAUAUUGAUUACUUGUACUAUCAUGAACUUGUAUUCCCCCUUUGAUAGAAAUACACAACUAGCUGAUGUACUGAUUUUAAUGAUAAUGUGAAUUGUAUCUUUACAACAACCACUACUUUUUUGAAUAGUAUUGUCAAUUCCAUUCUCCUAAAAGGAAAUAAAGCACUUUAAGUGUACUGUGAA